GUGGGCCGAAAGAGACAACGAACAAAAAGAAUCGUUGCGGCGACGGAGAAACGCGGCGAUGAAGUUGCCGUGAGAUCGCGAAGCCGCCUCGCCUGUGACCUCUCCCCCCGUUUGCGAAUGGUCUGAGAGAAGAAAGAAAGCGUUCUCCCUCACCGCCUCCUUCCCCUCUCCCACUCUGUUUUCUCCGUUGCCCUAAAUCUUUCCCCAUGGAGUCCCCCGAGCUGCCCGGCGAUUCCUCCUCUCCGGAGGCUGCCCCCCGGCUAAGCCCGCGCCCCAGAUCCCCAACCCGAGGCGAAAAAGAAAAGCAUACACACAUGAGAUUUCUUGUAUCAAACGUAGCAGCUGGGUGUAUCAUUGGGAAGGGUGGCUUGACAAUAACUGAAUUCCAGUCACAAUCUGGAGCUCGUAUUCAACUGUCACGGAAUCAUGAAGUUUUUCCAGGAACAUCAGAUAGAAUAAUAUUGAUUUCUGGGACACUUAGUGAAGUAAUGAAGGCUAUGGAACUGAUCCUGGAAAAACUGCCAAGUCAGGUGGAAGAGAGCGAUGAUGUUGAAGGUAGAUCAAAAAUCAGGCUUAUUGUUCCUAAUAGCUCUUGUGGUGCUAUAAUUGGAAAAGGAGGGUCAACUAUAAAGUCAUUCGUAGAAGACUCCCAUGCUGGGAUUAAGAUAUCUCCUCAGGAUAAUAAUGCUGGCCUAAAUGAUAGGCUGGUCACGUUGACAGGGUCUUUUGAGGAACAAAUGCGUGCUAUCUUUUUUAUAUUGUCAAAAUUAAUAGAAGAUGCUCACUAUCCACAGACAUUAAACUCACCUUUUCCCUAUUCAGGUGUCAACAGUCGUGGUUUCCCUGGUGUUCCUGUUGGUUAUAUGGUUCCUUCUGUUUCAUAUGGCCCUGUGAGUUACAGACCAAAUGGAUCUGGAGGAAAAUAUCGAAGUAACAAGGGUGUGGCAUCAUCACCGAUGGUCCGACAUCCAUCACAGUUACCUGGUGGGCAUCUUGAAGAUCAUAGCAAUUCAGUGACGAUCGGAAUUGCGGACGAGCAUAUUGGCGCUAUUGUUGGUCGUGGGGGAAGGAACAUAACGGAGAUAAGUCAG